AUGCCCGCUCCUAUCGAGAGGGUCGAGCCACCCGUCGUGGUACGCGAGCUCCAUGAUGAUGAGAAGCUCGUUGUCGAACAUUUCGAUCGCCAUGUGAAACGGUGCAAGAUCUGUGCUCGUGUGCUGGAGACCAACAAGGACUCACUGUGCGACCGAGGCCAGUUGCUUGCUCUGGAUGUGCAAAAGUAUCUCUACAGUGUGGACGGAAAGCCCUUCUCAGCGGUGGAUCGGGAGAAUGGCAAGCCCAUGAGAGUCAGACUCCCCCAGCCGACCUCGCCCACCCACCGAUUGAUCGACAACAUCGCCAACGGCUUACGACUGGCCUCUCCCCGUCGUGGUCGUGCUCCACAGGUCAAGCCGCCCGUCACUCCUCCCUCUACGUCUCCUCCCCGGAAGACUUCCCCUCUGGAAUCCUUUGACGCAACCUACCAUGUGCCUGCUCGACGCAAUGAUCUUGUGAUUGAACACCGUCGGCCUCGUUCGCGAGAGCAGGCUGAGUCUCCUCAGCCAUCGUCCAGCACGCGCAUCAUCGAACGAUCUCCCUCCACCAACAAACCUCGUAUCGUCGUCUACCCUUCACCGCACACCUCGCCUAACCGCAGCUCUCACAGCCGAGGCUCCCUGUACGAGACAGACCUUCAAGACCGGGUGGAGCGCCGCUAUGAAUCUACCCAUGUUCGGCGCCGCUCAGACUACUACCGCUGA